GCAGCAGUAAUGGCCUCUGACUCAGGACUACCGGCAGUUUCUUCUCAAAAUCUGGGAAUAACAAUAGCUAUAAUAUCAAGUUUCAUUAAUGGGUCGACAUUUGUGCUGCAGAAAAAAGGGAUACUACGUUCCCGCCACAGAGGAAGGUCGUACCUCACAGAUGUGGUGUGGUGGAGUGGGACACUGUGUAUGAUUACGGGUCAGGUUGGUAAUUUCCUGGCAUACAAUGUGGCCCCUGCGGUGGUAGUUACUCCUCUGGGAGCCCUGGGAGUGCUGUUUGGGGCUGUGUUGGCCUCCUGGAUCUUGAAAGAGCAUUUAAGCAUCCUGGGGAAGCUCGGCUGUGUUUUAUGCUGCUGCGGCUCUGUGGUGCUCAUCAUUCACGCCCCAACAGCAGAGGCAACUUCAAGGCUCGAGUUGGAGGAGAGGCUCCUCGACCCAGUGUUUGUCACGUACGCCCUUGUGGUGGUCCUGCUGCUGAUCAUUCUCAUCGUGUGGGUCGCUCCGGCUCGUGGCACAUCAAACAUCAUGGUGUACGUUGCCAUAUGUUCCUUGCUGGGAAGCUUCACAGUGCCGAGCAGCAAAGGCCUCGGCUUGGCGGUUCCGGACGCAUUCGGCGAGGGCCCGUCAAGCAGCAGGGCUCGGACGCUCUUCCUGGGCUUGCUGGGCACGCUGGCUGUCAGUAUCCUCACACAGUUCUUCUUCAUCAACAAGGCGCUGGAGUGUUUCAGCUCCAACAUAUUUGAAGCGAUUUACUACGUGACGUUCACGUCCAUCGUGAUUUUAGCUUCUGGUCUUCUCUUUAAGGAGUGGACCGCGCUGACUAUAACAGACAGCCUGGCCAUACUGUGUGCUUUAACCACGGUGUGCGUCGGUGUUGUUUUACUGCACAUUUCCCAGGAGGCGCUGAUUACGUGGAAGAAAAAAGAGGAAAAGUCAGACUGAUUCAGAUGCCUUUUAAUCCUUUACAUCACGUCUGCGCCAAACUUGAGUUCCUGAGACUUUUUUCUACCUCCAGUUUGAAUGACCAAAACAACAUAAGAUAUAUAAUUAGUUUAUUUUAUCUUAAAUAUGUUUGAAGUAACACUAGAUAUGAUGUUAAUGCUUUCAUCUCGUUAACCCUCAAUCAGCCGAAUUAUCUUAUGACACCUUUUAUUUUAAAGAAGAUUAUCUUUUUAAUGUUUCUCUCUGUGUUUCUAAUGCUUUUAUCUACGACUGGGUGAACUUUAACAAACUCUAAAUCAUCUGGUUUGGAGAUAUGGAGUUCAAAGAUUUUGUGCAGAAACAUUAAAAAUCAGGGGACCUCUUUCUGCUCUCCAUGUGUUGUCCACUGUAAAAUAUCACAGUUUAAUGAAAAGAAGCAGAAACCAGUGGUCCAAAUCCUGUUUUUGUUUCUUUUGUUUUUUAAAAUGGAAAAAAAAAAAAGUUGGACGUGUAGACUGAGAACAUUUUUCUGCUUGAAAAACUCUAAAGAGCACUGGAGUCAUAAAUGAGGCAUUUCAUUACAAGCUUAAAUGUGGUCUGAGGACCGACAGUUAAUUUGUCACUGUUGUGUAAAUAACUGUGCUUCCUUUCCUGCAGUGUCUUGCCCAUCAAGCUUUUACAGGCUGUCUCAGUUCUUAGAAUCACCUCCGUGAGUUCAGGCCGCCUGUAAAUUAUUGAAGGUAACUCCAUAAGCUGCCUCUUCAGCUGUGUGGAGGACGACUGAGUAUUCUGUGCAAAGGAGAAUUUUGUAACAUAUUCCUUCUCUUCUGUGGCCACUCGCUGUUUACAUGAAUACAUUAAAACUUGAAUAAAUUAAUUAAUGUUC